AUGCAAGAUAAGCUUUACGAUGGCUUGCACUUGAGCACUGCCGCAGCAGGCACUCGUGUCCGUCGUAAUGGGGCCCAAUGUUUCCUGGCUGACCACAUGAAGUCUCCGCAUUUCGCUUUCGACCCAGACAUGAACGGAAUGAUGUUCCGCAAUAUUCCCCCUGCUGUGAGCACGUGGGACAUCCGCGAUGCGCUUAAGCGGUGCACUGGAUUCCUUGGAUGUGCCUGCUCCACGCCAGAGCACAAGGAGCUGCUGCGAGACACACGUGCCAAUUUUGCAUCCCGUGGAGAUUUACAGGACGCUCUGAAGAGACUGUCCGACGAGAAGCCAGAUUGGCCCGUGCCUUGCGCGCUGGCAGCGUCGGUGAGACUCGAGACGCUGGUCGCCCCGCCCGAGAUGUCCCUCCCAGACCGCAUCUGCAAGGAUGUGGAGCUCUCCUCACAGGUG